AUGGCCGCCACGAAGUCGGCGGCCAAGGCGACGCCGAGGGCGACAAAGACCAAGACGAGCACGCCGUCCAAAACGCCCCUAGCCAAGUCCAAGGGCGCAGGAAACUCCAGCAUCCUGUCCUUCUUCAAAAAGGCCGAGGACUCGCUGUUCGUCGCUGGUGUCGAGAGGGGAGCUCCGCAAUCCGCACUGCUGCCGGAGGAGGAGGGUCUGUACGACGAUGACGACGAAGGGCCUCCCAAGGAGGACGCGAGGUUCAAUGAAGUGCAGGGGUCUGUCAAGAGGAGGAAGCUGAGCAGCGAACCCGAAGAGAUCCAGGGGACUGCGACAAUACACCCGCAGCCGCCCGCGCAGUCGAGGAAAGCGUCGCGCAAGGGUCCGUUCCUCGACGAUUCGGACUCGGAGGACGAGGACACUGCGCCCACCGGUGCGGAGACUUCAAAGCCUCUAAUUGGAGAGCCCUCCAAGGAUCACGAUCCGCAAGACACGGUCAAGCCCGAAGCCCCUCCGGACGACGACCGCUCCAUCCUCAACAUCAUCACCCACGCGACCGAGGCCGCCUCGGACACCCCCGAACUCAAGCAGGAACCCUCCACAGAAGACCUAUUUGGCGAUUUUGCGGACGCAAACUUCCCCGACGACGACGAUUACGAAGGCGAAGAGUUCCGCGAGAGGAAGUUUAUGGAGGAACAGGCCAGGCUCGAGGCCGAGGAGGCAGGAGACUACAGCUGUGACGAUGGAGUCGAGAUCCCGACGGUGCAGGACGACGCCAUGGCCGCCUGCUGCCCCAUCUGCAAUGCCAGUCUCGCCGGCAUCACGGCAGACGAGGCGACCGUCCAUGUCAAUGCCUGCCUCGACGGCAAGCCGAUCCCCGUGCCGACACCUGCAUCACGGCCUCGACCGCCGCCAGCCCUUCUCAAGUCCGAGACGUCCAACGGCUUUGCCCAGGUGGAAGCGCCCGAAAUCAGCAGGCGUUUCGCCCGAGCCGCGAUGCCCAGGCCCGGGCAGUCGAACCCCAUCACGCUUGGCGGCGAAGGCGGUGCCGGGCCCGGGUUAGCCAAGCCCAACUCGGCCUUUGCCAAGUUGAUGUCGGGCCACGCCGAGGACGAGGCGUGGGCGACUGCCGCCGCCGCAGAACACUCUGCCCGCGGCAAGCCGGCGUACCAGAGGACGUGCCCCUUCUACAAGAUCAUGCCCGGCUUCUUCAUCUGCGUCGACGCCUUUCGGUACGGCGCCGUCCAGGGCUGCAAUGCCUACUUUCUCUCCCACUUCCACAGCGACCACUACGUCGGGCUGACGGCCAACUGGACCCACGGGCCCAUCUACUGCAGCAAGGUCACCGGCAGCCUCGUCAAGAGCCAGCUGAGGACCGCCGAGAAGUGGGUGGUCGAGCUCGAGUUCGACGUCAAGACCGAAGUCCCCGGCACCGAGGGCGUCUUCGUGACCAUGAUCCCCGCCAACCACUGCCCGGGCAGCAGCCUGUUCCUGUUCGAGAAGACGACGCCAGGGAGCCGCGACCCGCGCGCCAACAACGGCAAGGGGCCCCGGACGCAGCGCAUCCUGCACUGCGGCGACUUCCGGGCCUGCCGGAUGCACAUGGAGCACCCGCUGCUGCGGCCCGAGACGGUCGACGCCGUCUCGGGCAGGACGAGGCAGCAGAAGAUUGACGUCUGCUACCUCGACACGACCUACCUCAACCCGCGCUACUCGUUCCCGCCGCAGGAGGACGUCAGCGGCUCGUGCGCCCAGCUCUGCGCCGAGCUGGACGAGGCGCUCCGGGACGGCAGGGAGGCCGAGUGGGACAAGAUCCUGCGCCGGCGGGAGGGCAGCGGCGCGGCCGACAACGAGACGAUGAGCAAGUUUUUUGCUCCCGUCGUGGACGGGACCAAGCCCAAGAAGGAGAAGCAGGAGCCGCCGCCGGCGCACGACGCCUUCUCGGCGCUGACGGGGCCGGCGCAGCAGCAGCGCAACCGGAACCGCCUGCUGGUCGUGUGCGGCACGUACAGCAUCGGCAAGGAGCGCAUCUGCAAGUCGAUCGCGCUGGCGCUGCGCACCAAGAUCUUUGCGCCGCCGGCCAAGCGGCGCGUCGUGGCGCAGCUCGGCGACCCGGAGCUCGCGGCGCUCAUGACGGCCGACCCGGCGCGGGCGCAGGUGCACAUGCAGAUGCUCAUGGAGCUGCGGGCCGAGACGCUGGCCGAGUACCUCGAGUCGUACCGGCCGCACUUUGGCCGCGUCGUCGGGUUCCGGCCCUCGGGGUGGAACUACAGGCCGACCAUGGCGAACAACUCUUCUGUAGGUGGUGGUGGUAGUGGCAAGAAAGCAGGAGGGGCAGCUGGCGGACAGGGACCGCAGGCGGCGGCGGCGGCGGCCGCCGUCGUCGGGGCCAACCUGCCGCCCAGCAGCGUGCCGACGGCGAGCAUCCUGCACGGGCCCGGGUGGCGCACGCGGUUCGGCGCGCGGGACCUGGUGCCGCAGCGGGGCAGCACGCGCGAGGCCCUGUGCUUCGGCGUGCCCUACAGCGAGCACAGCUCGUUCCGCGAGCUGGCGCUGUUCGUCAUGGGCCUGCGCAUCGAGCGCGUCGUGCCGACGGUCAACGUCGGGAGCGAGCCCUCGCGGCGGCGGAUGAAGGGCUGGCUCGACCGGUGGGGGAGCGAGCGGCGGCGGGGCGGGGUCGUGAGGGUCCUCGUCGAUGAGGAGGAUCGUGGGGACGAUGGGGAUGGGGAUGGGGAUAUGGAGGACGAGGGGAAGCAAAAGAGCCGGGAGAGGGACGAGGUGAAGUUGUGGGAUGGUAAGGAUGGGAGGGGUGGUGGUGUUUACUGGUAG